AUGAAGACUUCCAAGAAGCAGAGGAGGAAGGUGCCGACUCCGGAGCUGUUGAACGAGCUCGUUUGGGAGAUCCUGAUCCGGCUGCCGGUGGAGUCGCUCCUGCGUUUCAAGCGUCUAUCGGCCUCCAAAUGGGAGCAGAAGCCAUCCUUGCUCAUCACCCCGCACUGUCUCGACCGUUUCAUCGAAGGCGAGAACUGGCCGACCACCUUCUCCAGCAGCAUCUUCUUCUACCGGUGGCAGCAAGGUGCCUCCGAGGCUCGGCUCGUGCAUGGCAGGGACCUCGCCGGAGAAUUCAGCUCCGUCUGCUACUUCGCCCACUGCGACGGCCUGGUGCUUGUCCCCACGGACACCAACGUCUACGUCUUCAACCCGGCCACCAGGGACGUCGUCACGCUGCCGGAGAGCAGCCGGAACGUGCUGCCCGGUCGCGUCAACCUCUCCGUGGGGUUCGGCCGUGAUCCGCGCACCGGCAUGUACAAGGUGGUCCGCUCCUUCUUCCGCCCACGAGAUCGUAAAACGGGCAUCUUCAACAUGGGGAUGGAGGUGUGCACCCUGGGCGGCGGCGACGGCGGCCGCCAUUGUUGGAGGGAAACCGCGGCGGAUCCACCGUACCCUGUUGAGGCGUGGGUCACAGCCCAGUCCGUCAAGGGAGCGGUUUACUGGACCAUCGACAUAAGCCAUCUCGAGCCGCGUCCGCAUAGCCUUCUUCGCUUUGGCUUGGAAGACGAGGCGUUCAGAAUGACCAAUUUGCCUGAUUCUUUGGCCACCGGAGAUGGUGUGUACUUCAACCUGAAUGUGAUGCGGGGGGAGUUAUGUCUGACCGGCAGUCGCGUCGGCGAGCCUGGCGGCGACGACCACCCUCUGAUGAUCUGGACGCUCGUGGAAGACGACGGGCCCAGGCCCCUGUGGGAGCCGCGUUACAAGCUGAAUCUCACGGUCCCGUGCCAUCCCUUGUCAAUUCUUCCGGAUGGUGCGGUGCUGAUAUCGCUGUUCGACAAACUCCAGCGCUAUGAUCCGCAAUCGAAGGAACUGACACUGGUGUGUGAGCUUGACAGCCUGAGGUUCCGGCGUGCUACUAGGUCACGGAGGCCUGGCUUUAAGAAUUUGCACUUCUUCAACGUCAUCCCCUAUACGGAGAGCCUGAUUCCACUCAUUGUUCGGAGCAGCUAA